CACCGCCAGAAGAAAAGGCACCCGUUCCUCCCCUCUUCUACCUCCCAUCCUUUGCUCAGGAGCUGCCUUCAUCGCAGUCACGCCCCUUCCUUCCGAGGAGCGUUCCGGCUGCGUUCGCUGGUAGACCCCUGAAUUACUCCUCCGUCUCCGUUCUCUUUCGUCUCUUCUCUUAGUUCUCACUGCCUUCCCCCCCUCACCACCACCUCCAGCCUUUCUCGCCUACCACUAUCCGCUGCUCCACCCUCCGGCCCGGUAUCCUGCUUGCCUGUCCACUGCGACCAAGGAAAGACCCGAGGGAGCAGCGAGGUGGGGAGUAGCCGGGACCUGGGGCUUCCUCCCUACCCAUCCCCGGCCUCUGGCCCGGGACGGAACCCACUUGAGCCAGCAGAGAGAGUCGUCACCUUGUCUUCAUUGCCUUCGGGGCUGCUGAGAAGGCUAACAGAAGUGAAAGAACCAGUGACUCUUUAGAAAGAAGGCUGAGAAACUAAAGAGUGACCAGUGGUUGGACUCUUGCCGGCGCUUACCCUGAACCUGAGUGUUAGGGGAGAGGGAAUCUGCUGCUGCGGUUUCUGGAGCUGCUCAUAAGCAAGAGUUCCCUAUCCUGAUCAAGGCUUUAAGCCUAAAAGAAAGCAGAAAUAGGUCAAGGGCAGCCCAAGUGCCCCAUUUCUCUCUCUCUUCACAAAGCACCGCCAGCUCUAGAGAUGAGAAAUUCUGAAGAGCAACCAAGUGGAGGAACUACGGUAUUGCAACGUCUGCUUCAAGAGCAGCUUCGCUAUGGCAAUCCUAGUGAGAAUCGUAAUCUGCUUGCCAUACACCAGCAAGCCACAGGGAAUAGCUCUCCAUUCUCCACUGUCAGUGGGAACCCAGGCCCUCAGAGUGACGUGUUGAGUCCCCAGGAUCACCACCAGCAGCUCGUGGCACACCCUGCUCGGCAAGAACCCCAGGGCCAGGAAAUCCAGUCAGAAAACAUCAGCAUGGAGAAGCAGCUGUCCCCUCGAAUGCAGAAUAAUGAGGAACUCCCAACCUAUGAAGAAGCCAAGGUCCAAUCCCAAUACUUCAGGGGCCAACAGCAUGCUAGUGUUGGGGCUGCUUUCUAUGUCACAGGAGUUACUAACCAGAAGAUGAGAACCGAGGGACGCCCAUCAGUUCAGCGACUCAAUCCUGGGAAGAUGCACCAAGAUGAAGGACUUAGAGAUCUUAAGCAAGGGCAUGUCCGAUCCCUGAGUGAGAGACUGAUGCAGAUGUCACUGGCCACCAGUGGAGUUAAAGCCCAUCCACCUGUUACCAGUGCUCCCCUCUCUCCACCACAACCCAGUGACCUCUACAAGAAUCCCACCAGUUCCAGUGAAUUCUACAAAGCUCAAGGGCCACCUCCCAGCCAACAUAGUCUGAAGGGCAUGGAACACCGAGGCCCCCCGCCAGAAUAUCCUUUCAAGGGCAUGCCAUCUCAGUCUGUAGUGUGCAAGUCCCAAGAGCCAGGGCACUUCUAUAGUGAGCAUCGCCUGAACCAGCCAGGGAGAACAGAGGGGCAACUGAUGAGGUAUCAGCACCCCCCUGAGUACGGGGCAGCCAGGGCCUCCAGCAUGCUAAGCAAGCGCCCUUCCACUGAGCUCCACCCCCAGCCCCUGAGCAGUACUUUAACACACAGGACAACACAGGACAUCUCGCUGUCUUUGUCAGCAAGGAAUGCUCAGCCUCACAGCCCAACAUCUUCCUUGACAUCCGGGGGUGCCCUGCUGCAGUCUCCACAAUCUACUAGAUUGUCUUCUGCUCAACACGCCUUGGUCUCAAACCAAGGGGACCACGCUCCUCACCUGCCAAGGCAGCAGCAGCAUUUUCAUCCUAAUCAGAGUCACCGGCUCUCCCAGCCUGCCUUGCCUCCUCCGGCACAGCAGCCAGGAGAAGCCUACUCAGCUAUGCCUCGGGCUCAGCAGUCUGCUUCUUAUCAGCCCAUGCCAGCUGACCCUUUUGCUAUCGUCUCUAGAGCCCAGCAGAUGGUUGAGAUCCUCACUGACGAGAAUCGGAACCUGCGGCAUGAGUUGGAUGGAUGUUAUGAAAAAGUGGCAAGACUACAGAAGGUGGAGACAGAAAUCCAGCGAGUCUCAGAGGCGUAUGAGAAUCUGGUGAAGUCAUCUUCCAAAAGAGAGGCUCUGGAGAAAGCCAUGAGGAACAAGCUGGAGGGCGAGAUUCGAAGGAUGCAUGACUUCAACAGAGAUCUGAGAGAACGUCUAGAGUCUGCCAACAAGCAGCUGGCAGAAAAGGAGUACGAGGGGUCAGAGGACACCAGGAAAACCAUCUCUCAGCUCUUUGCCAAAAAUAAAGAAAGCCAGCGGGAAAAGGAGAAGCUAGAAGCAGAGCUGGCUACUGCUCGUUCUACCAAUGAAGACCAAAGGCGACACAUUGAAAUCCGAGACCAGGCAUUGAGCAAUGCCCAGGCAAAGGUGGUAAAGCUGGAAGAAGAGCUGAAAAAGAAGCAAGUGUAUGUCGAUAAGGUGGAGAAGAUGCAGCAGGCCCUAGUGCAGCUCCAGGCAGCCUGUGAGAAACGCGAGCAGCUGGAGCACCGACUCCGGACACGUUUGGAGAGGGAACUGGAAUCCCUAAGAAUCCAGCAGCGCCAGGGCAACUCUCAGCCCGCCAAUGCUUCAGAAUACAGUGCCGCUACCCUGAUGGAGCUCCUUCGGGAAAAGGAGGAGAGAAUUCUGGCCCUGGAAGCAGAUAUGACAAAGUGGGAGCAGAAGUAUUUAGAAGAGAAUGUGAUGAGACAUUUUGCUCUGGAUGCCGCUGCAACUGUGGCUGCGCAGAGAGACACAACAGUCAUUAGCCACUCUCCUAACACCAGCUAUGACACAGCCUUAGAGGCCCGCAUCCAGAAGGAAGAGGAAGAAAUCCUGAUGGCCAACAAGCGUUGCUUGGACAUGGAGGGAAGGAUUAAGACCCUCCAUGCCCAGAUUAUUGAAAAGGAUGCCAUGAUCAAAGUGCUGCAGCAGCGCUCCAGAAAGGAGCCAAGCAAGACAGAGCAGCUGUCAUCCAUGAGGCCAGCCAAGUCUCUGAUGUCCAUUUCCAAUGCUGGCUCAGGCUUGCUUGCCCACUCGUCUACCCUGACUGGUACCCCCAUCAUGGAGGAGAAGCGAGAUGACAAAAGCUGGAAGGGGAGCCUAGGCAUUCUUCUGGGUGGAGACUACCGUGCUGAGUCUGUCCCAUCCACACCUUCACCUGUGCCUCCAUCUACUCCCCUUCUCUCAGCUCACUCGAAGACAGGCAGUCGAGACUGCAGCACCCAAACCGAACGUGGAUCGGAACCAGCCAAAACCGCAGCUGUCACUCCUGUCUCUGUUCCAGUGGCUGUUCCAGUUGCUGCUGCUGCCACUGCUGCUGCCAUCACUGCAACUGCUGCCACCAACACUGCCCCAGCUGCCAACAACACCACUAUCAUGGUAGCUGCUGCUCCAGUUGCUGUUGCUGCUGCUGCUGCUCCAACUGCUGCUGCUGCCGCCACUGCCCCAUCUCCAGCAAAUGCUGCUGCUCUUGCUGCUGCUGUCUCUCCAGCUGCUGCUGUCUCUCCAGCUGUGGCUGUCUCUCCAGCUGCGGCUGUCUCUCCAGCUGCGGCUGUCUCUCCAGCUGCGGCUGUCUCUCCAGCUGCUGCUGUCUCUCCAGCUGCGGCUGUCCAGAUUCCAGCUGCUUCAUCUCUUACUUCUGCUACUGUUUCUGCUACUCCUGCUGCUACUGCUGCUGCUGCUGCUGCUACUGCUACUGCUACUGCUGCUGCUGCUGCUGCCGCUACUGCUGUUCAGGUUGCUCCAGCUGCUUCGGCUCCGGUUCCAGCUCCAGCCCCGAUUCCGGCUCCAGCAAUGGCUCAGGCUUCUGCUCCGACUCCGACUCAAGCAUCAGCUCCAGCUCCGAAUGCAGUUCCUACUCCAUCUCCGACUCCAACUCCUGCUUUGGUUCAGGCUGAGGGUUCUGCAAGUCCAGGUACCAGUUCUGGACCACGCCGUUUGUCCACACCAAAUCUGAUGUGCAACCCAGACAAGCCAGAUGGUCCUCUUUUCCACUCCAGUACUCUGGAAAGAAAAGCACCCAUUCAGAUCCUGGGUCAAGAGCCUGAUGCAGAGAUGGUGGAAUAUCUCAUCUAAACAGCAUAAUCAAGAGCUGAAGUUAUCAGCAAGAGUUCUUUUAAUCAUUUUUUCCUUUUGUUUGUUUAAUCUGGGGUGAUGACGGGGUUGGGAGGUGGGGAUGAUUUUUUAAAGGGACUUCUUAUUGGACUAUUGUAGUGCUUAAUUAAUACCAUGAGAAUUCCAGUCUAUUUUGAAAUACAUAGGGAGUACCUCGAAAGGAUAGGUUAAGCAGGAUGGGCUCUAAAGCUUAUUGUUGGGAUUGAUACAAAUCAUGGACUAUUAAUAGGUAGUAAUGUCUGUUGAUUUGAUUUGUUUUAAAAUUUCCCAAUUUGAGGUCAUUUUUUUUCAUUGAAGAAUACAGUAUGUGUGGAAGGCAGUUUGUAACAAGUAUGUCAAAAGUGGAAAUCCAGAGAGAAUUUGAAGACUUGCUGCUUUGUCUAGCAGCUGCCUAGACAACAGCCACAGAGAGUUCUUACUUUGAGCUGAGAAAAGAAAAUGUUUUAGGAGCUUUGGAAGCUGGAGAAAAGGAAGAGUAUUGGAGUUAAGAAGGGUACUGGCACCAGUUCUCUCUCCUAGUUGCCAGUUACCUGCUCCCUCAUAUUGAUGGUCUUUAUCUCCAUUUCAAUGGUGCUUUGGAAGUGGAUUCUUCUGGUUCCCUCCUGGAGGUUCAUACAUUCAUAUAUAUACUCUGGAAUAAUUUAUGCAUUUGGAUAAUUAAUAUAUUGCUUUCAGAUGGUAGGAGAGUAAAUGAACAGUGAUGCAUGAAUUCCUCAUCUCCUGGGGGUUAGAUGUUAGAAGCCUUGAUGGAGGGCUUCAUGAGAUGCUGCAUGUGGACUUUAGUCAUCUGGGUAUAGUCAAGAACAUGGCUCAGUCACCUUACAUUAGACCAGUUGACUGACUUAGUCUUCCCCAAUGCAGAUUCAGUGGCUGGUUCACCAGUCUUUGUUUGCCAACAAUUUGCAAAAUGAGGAAACAUCUUUUUGACAGGUUGAAUGUGUUGAAUUUCUGGGUAGUACUUUGAAAUAUUUCAUUUUUGCUUUCGCAAAUUCUUAGCAUGUGUCUUUAAAGGCAUAUGCAACCAUCACCUCCAUGGAAAUAACAUAAGAAGUCCAAAGUACCAGGCUGCAGUCAGGAGAGAGGUUGAUUGCAGCAGUCUCCUCAACUACCUCUUCUCACUGCCAGUGACUCCAUCUUGGAAUCCCUUUGGGAAGCAGCUGGGAAUGUAUACAUGGGCGGGACCAAACAGGGAGCCUUGCCAUAGGGCUGCCUCUAAGGACACAGAGGGUGUCCAUUGUCACAGGUCCUUGUCCUUAGUCUCUGCCCUUCAUUAAGGUGAUAGAACUGCAGCUAGUAUCAUUAAGAUCAGUUUUCUGGGGUCUAGGGAGGGUAAGGGGCGUGGGGGGUGGGGGGUUAUUAGGUAAAAGGGGGUAGAGGUUUAGUGAUAGGUUAAGUUAGAAAUCAGAUUGAUAGAUGGAAGCCUGUAUAUUAUGCCAUGGGCUUCAGUGAUGGGAAGGAACUUUAUCUAGCAAUGUAGCUCUACCUUCUCAUUUUAGUGAUGAGGAAUCUGAGACUUGGAAAAGUUCAGUGACUUUUUCAAGAUCACACAGCACACCUAUCUGCUCUGCAAAUUACAUACCCAUUUUGGGAAAUGAUUAUCUAUAUAUAUAAAAAGAAGAGCCUGUUUUGAAGAAAAGGCAUCUUUUCUAGUCUAGGGUAUGCCUACUUUAUGAAAAUCUUCUUGGUUUGACUAGAUUGUUUGAGUUUCUGAAUUCUUGUCUCUGCUGGAGUGCCUUGUAUGGAGCUGUUCCCUUCCUCAUCCCAUUUAAUCACUGAGCUACAUGAAAUGAACCCCUAAGAAAUCAACUCAACUGUUUUUCACUAUAAAGUCAGGUGUCUAGGGUCAUUUGAUGUAUUCCUCUGUGAGUAUAAGAGUGCUAUAUUUACCUGUAUUCUUGUGUAGUUCCUAAUUACCUUCCAACAGAUUUAUUUGUGUGUGUGUGUGUGUGUGUGUGUGUGUGUGUGUGUGUGUGUGUGUGUAAAUGAGGGAAGGCAAUACUACAACUUUUAACUAGUUUUCCACAUUAUUAAUAACAAAAUGAUUAUCCAGUACAUUGGUCCUCAGUUAAACAGUGAAUGCCAAAUAGAAAUUUAAAAGCAUUAAUAAUGCUCAUUCACAGCAAUUUUUAUUGCAAGGAAAAAUCCUUCAGACAGUAGAAGAAUCAAGCAGCAAGCACCAGGAAAGCUACUUUCUGUCCAAGCAAAUGAAUGAAAAUGAAAGAAACCUUUCCUGUCCUCUCCUGACGACAGCACAUUGCUAGGAUUAGGGCUGACUCUGGGAGCCAUGAUUCUAAUCACAUUCUGGAAAGUGACAGAUAUGAUAUGUUCCUCACUGUGUGGCAACCAUUACUGUAGAAUCAUGUGUUUGGGGAAAGAAGGAAGUCCUUGCUGAAGUACUAUUUUGAACUUUCCAGAACCUCUCUGGCCUGCCACACUAGAGGCAGUCCUGUUCAGUUUUUAGUCGCAGGCAAUUUGCUAGAAGAACAUUGUAUGUCUAAGAGAUGGAGGGAGUCUAUGUUGAUAUAGUCUGUUUAUGGACCAUACAGAUUCCACCUUUUGAGAAAAUUUCUACUAGCUAUCAGUUUAAAAAUUCGGUUAUAUGGGAUAAAACUCAAAUUAGUCCCUCCCCCUCUUCACAGCUGUGUGGAUGUAACAUUUGGAGCCUCUUCCUGGACUUCCUCCUAUCUACAGUAAAAUGUAUGCAUUUUCCUGGCACCCCAGAAGAGGAGGGAGCACUUGUUGUCUUGACUGUUACUGUCUGGUGGUCUAUGAGGAUCUUAAAAUUCAUUUGUUACCUGCAAUGUCCCAUGUCCACCAAAAUUUCAUUUGAUUGAACUAUACUUGAUAGGAAACUGUUAACAUAGUUGGGGAAGUAUAAUCAGCUUAAACUUCCUUUGAAAGUCACAUACUGUGACUGUUGUCUUAAUGAAGGUUUGAAUGUCAGUGUUGCUUUUGAGCGGCAGCGUGAUGGGGCAGAAGAAACUUGAAACAUCUGCCAUAAUCUGUGACAGGAAAUCUAGCAAGAUCCCUGUUGUGUUGUCUUCUUACUUUUGCACUGUUGAGUGGGUCUAACAAACUGAUUCCCAAGCUACUUUUUAUGAAGAAUCUAAAUAACGUGGCAGCUUAAAGUAUAGAUGUAUGUGCUAACUUAAUAAAUGCUGAUGUCUGUUAGCCGUACAAUCUGUUAUCUUAAUUCAUACAUGGAGUGUGUUACUUAAAAUGUGUUUCCUUCUUCCAGAAAAUGUUCUCAAUGGAAGGUAUUGGCUAUGGGUUCAUUGUUACCAAUUGCUGCCUGCCACAAUCUUUAGAAAUUCUUCUUCCAAGUGCCACCAUUGACAGCAGGAAGGAUUGGAAGCAUAUACAUUUUCUUCUGGUAGCAAGGGUGGGUUCCGAGAAACUUUCAAAUCUCCUUCUGACUGCCUUUGUUAUCAAUGGCAUGCAUUUAAUAAAAUGGCUAGAUGGGGUUGGCAGAUGGUUCGAGAAGAAUUACUUUUGGUUUAAUAUAUGUGAUCUCUUACUGAUUGUGAUCUUAUUCUGUAAUCAAGAGAGCUAGAUCAAAUAAAGUUAAGCAGGUUAAAUCCACUUUGUGCCUAUCUUUUCACUGACAAUAAAGUUAGCUGUUUGAAAAUGCA